CACGACUUUGUCCAUUGAAGCAAGGAAGGAAACGAAGAACUUCGAUGGAUAAUAAUGCAGGAAAAUUGUGUAAAUAUCAUAGAAAAUUACUAGCAAUCACUGGGUGAACAUUGCAUACAGAACAACACAAAAAUGGCUUCUAACUACUGGUGUUGUAACGGCUGCACUCACUCAAACGAAUUCGGAAGGAGGAAAUGUGUCCAAUGUGGAACGACGAAGAACGGCUACAGUGGAGGAGGUGGGGACACAUGGCGAUGCUCUCAAUGUACGUUUAUCAACGAGGGGCAAAGAUCCAAAUGUAGUGCCUGCGGGGCAUACAAUGGAGGUCAUGGCCAUGGGCAGGAUGAUGGUCAUUCACCGCGUGGAGGGCGAGGUGGGCGAGGAGGGCGAGGAAGAUACGGACGAGAAAUUGACAACGAAGUACGCAUUGUACUUCUUGGAAAAACUGGAAGUGGGAAAAGUGCAACAGGUAAUACCAUACUAAACGGUGAAUUGUUCGCAUCCACAACAUCCGGUUCAUCCAUUACGUCACGCUGUACCAGCAGGCAAGCUCAGAGAUUCGGAAAGGAAAUCCAAGUAGUUGAUACGCCAGGAAUAUUUGAUACCAACUUACCUAAUGAUGUUGUGCAGAAAGAAAUUGUCAAAUGUAUCGGAAUGACCUCCCCUGGUCCCCAUUGUUUCUUAUUAGUACUUGGACUCACUCGAUUUACACAAGAGGAGGAAGAAAGCAUCGACCACUUUGUCAACUAUUUUGGAAGACGCGUGUUUCGUUAUUUUAUCGUUCUCUUCACACGAAAAGAUGAUCUUGAUCACCAUGGAAAGACGCUGGACGAUCACCUACGGACUGUUCCGACCAGUCUAAAGAAAAUCCUUGGCCAAUGCGAUCAUCGCUGCAUUGCGUUUAACAAUCGGGCUCCAAGUCCUGCUCGGCACGAUCAAGUUGAAGAUCUUCUUGAGAUGAUUGACGAAAUUUUACGUCAAAAUCACGGAGAAUGUUACACUAAUGAAAUGUACUCGGAAGCUGAGAAAGUGAUGAAACAAAGGCAAUAUCAAAUUGAGAAGAAAAGGGAACGGGAACGGGAACGAGAAAGAAAGGAAAUCGAACGCGAGGUUGAACAAAAGUACAGAGGCCAAUAUGGUUCCCACUAUAAAAGCCAAAGUGCCUUAGAACAAAGAGUAGCGGAGUUAGAAUCAAUGCGAGAUCACUACGCGCACCGAUCGACUGCUCUUGAAAGAGAAGUCAGGGAGCUUGAAGACGAAAUAGACUACGAAAAAAGAAAAUACGGAUCCCCCAGUUCAAAACUCGUGGCAAAACUUAGGAAUCUAGAAGACGAGCGUACACAGCUUAGUUCUGGAAGAGGAGCAGCUUCGGAAAGAGAGAUCGAGGACCUAAGACACGAACUGAAGCGCAUGCAAAAACAAACCAAGAAAAUGAACAAGGAGAAAGACAGGAUAUACCAGGAGAGACUCGAGCAGCUGGAUCAUAAGUACAACCAGCUCCAGAAUGCCCGCACAGAGGUAAGAACGGAAGUGGAGUCCGGAAGUGGGAAUGUGGGUGAAGCCUUGCUUGGUGGUAUUAUGAGCAUAGGGAAGCUUAUCUGGAAAGGAAUACAAAUGUUAUUCUAACUGGUAUGCUUCACUUGUGUUUUUUAUGGAGUUCAACGUACUUUAUUCAAUCUAGAGUGUCACAGUCAUGUUGUUUUAAGUAUUCAUAUGUUCGUAGGGACAGGUCACAGAAAACAGGGUUUCUUUAACGGUCAAUGAUUUACAUAAACAAAAUGAAAAUAUGUACUGGUAACGUAAAUGUAUAUGACAUGUAUAUAUACAAGUUAUUAGAUUGAUACUCUCGGUACUGUUUUAAAUUAACUAUACUUUAAGCUUAAUUGCUGAAAAACCAAACUCGGUCAUUGCUCGUAAACAUUUUAUCCAUGUAUAUAUAAAACUUUAACGUUACAGUGAAAUUCAAUUUAAAAACUCAUUGUCGAGUAUUUUCAUUCUGGUUGUAUUAAAACAAACUAAAUAUUACAUGUUGUUGUAAUAAACAUGUACAUGCUAUAAAACAAAAAAAUAGUUAAUGUCAGUGAUUUCCUGGUCAUCCUUUAGUCACCUCGGGGACGGGGAAGGCGAGGACGAGGGCGAAGACGAGGUCAAGGUCAAGGUCAAGACCCGUGCUACUUAGUCUACCCUGAACACUAAACGUACACUGUAUAUAAAUUGAGUUUUUUAAACUGUAAAGAGGAAAUAGCGCUAGCUUUAUAACGCUUAUUAUAUGAAAUGAUUCUUUUUUCAUGACAUGUAUUUUUAGCAAGUUCCCUGCUAUGUUGGAAAACUUAGUUUAUAACUCUGUUCAACUGAGAAAUAAGCUAUAUAUAGGGUAUAACAUGAUGUAAUAUGUGUUUGACGAUUGUCUGUGAUCUAUUUUAUUUUACUUUUUAUGUGUUAUGUCAUAUUUGUUCAUAGAACAAUUUAAGCAAAUAAAGCACGACCCAUUGUUAAGAAUGCCUAGUACGAUACAUAACAUUAUAAAUACACAACAAUUCUAGUUAAGGUUCGAUUAUGUAUGAUAUUCAUUAUACUAUUAUCAAGAAUAACCAUGAACAGGGAAGAACAUUUUUACAUUUGAAGUACUUUGCUGUAUGGUUUUCUAUAAAUAUAGAUGUUUAAAUCUGAACAAAAAGGAAAUAUUUCAAUGCAAAAAUUCUCCGAAGAGGAAAUAAUUCUUGAUUGUAUCAUGCAUGUAUGUUACAUGUACGUGGUUUUCAAGAAUAAUUUCUGAAUAAAAAUGUUUAUAUCAAAAAAUAAAAAUAACUUUAAGAGUAUACUUGAUAAGUAAAACGUGUGAGAAAAGUAACCUGGGUCUCAAACUCGAAUUAUACUUUUUUUCGCCCUACGGUGAACAUUCUUUCUAAAUUAAAAGCAAAAUUAUAUAUGAUGCGGGAUUUUGUUUAUACUUGAUAGUGAGAAAAAAGGUUAGAAGAUUAAUGUCGGACUACAAAUAAAAACAGUA